UUCCUUAAAAAAAAAAAAGGAUCUCCUGUUUAUAAAGCAAUGUGAUCCUGAUCUAAUUGCAUUUGGAAGAGUAAUGAGAUAACUUUCAACAACUAUAGCAAUGUUCAAGUUAUUUAUAUUCUUUUUGUGUUUUGUUAGCGAAUGUACAGUAUGGGGUUUAGACUGUUCUGCAGAUAAUUUAGCAAAAUGCUUGACAUGGAUGGAGCAGAUGAGUCGAAUUGAAAAAAUGGCAUACACUGAAGAAGAACUACAAAAUAUUUGUCAUCAAUUGCACUUAUCAUUUUCAUGCGUAAGUAGAUAUCGAUCAAACUGUUUUACUUCAAAACAACAGAAAAUAUUUGAUCAAUUAUUUUCUGAAACGGAAGUCUUUGUUAAUGAUCUUUGUAUUCCCGGACCUUUUCAGCAAAGAUAUUUGAAUCACACGGGAUGCAUACACGAAGCGCUUAAAGAUGAGAAAAUAUGUGCUCCAGAAUUUAAUGAAAAAAUGGCUUUAUUAAAUUUUGAAGAAAACAACGAUUUUAAUUACGAUAUCAAGGUUCAUUGUUGUGCACUCCAUAAAUAUAUUCUUUGCCAAAAAGAACUUUUAACCAAAAGUUGUGGUGAAGCAGCAGCAGAAAUUCAUCAGAUUAUCGGAGAGAGAAUUUCUGGACCACAAAUAAAAUUAGUAUGUUCUCCAUACGAAACAUCCGAAUAUUGUAAUAACAACAUAUCUGAAUAGAGUUUUUAUAUAUUUUGAUUAUUUCUUGCUAUAAUAUGAAAAUAUUGUAAAUAAUUAAAAUUAAACAAUUAUACAG